AUGAGUUUUUUGGAAACAAGGAGAUCCUUGUUGGAAGACAUGGAAAUUAUUGAAAAUGCUAUAGUAGAAAGAAUUCGACGGAAUCCAGAGUUGUAUUACCACUAUAUACAGGAAUCGAGCAAAGUAUUUCCUGAUGUUAAACUUCCCAAGUCAUCGUUGAUUGCCGAGAACAAACUGUUUAAAAUUAAAAAAGUUAAGAGGAAUAGAAAACAGGUGAUUUUGCAGCAGCAUGAGAUAAGUCUUUUUCUUCGAGACUAUCUAGAGAAACAAAAGUCUUUUAAUAAUAUAAAUAGUCAAAACUAUUCACAGGAGGACGACAAAGAUCUUUGUAGCUUUGAUGAAGAAUUACGGCAGCUCGAGGAUGAGCUGAAAAGUGAAGAGGAGAAUUUUCAACUGGAUAUAAAUUCAAAAAGAAACAAAUAUGCUUUAUUCUCAUCUUCUAUUGAUUCAUCAAAACGUACCAAUAUACUGUCUGAGAGGGCAAGAGAUCUAGAUUUGAAUAAAAUAUUUACUAGAGACGAGCAAUAUGGUGAAUAUAUGGAGCUAGAACAAUUCCAUUCUUUAUGGUUGAACGUAUUUAAGAGAAGCGAUUGUUCUUUACUCCAAUUUUUCGAUGUCGUAGAGUUAUUUGUUGACGAUAAAAAAUAUUUGCUAACCCCACCGAUGGAUCGUAAGAAUGAUAGGUACAUGGCCUUUUUGAUCAAGUUAUGCAAGUAUUUAGAAACCUUUUUCUUCAAAAGUUAUGCCUUGUUUGACAAAGAAGUCAUCGAAAGUUCAAUCAGGUUUGACUUUGAACAGUCAUAUUGUAAGGGAUCACUUAGGUCCGAGGCAAAGGGUAUUCAUUGCCCCUUUUGUUACAAAUGGUUCAAGACAUCUCCUGUUUUCGAAAACCAUUUAACGGGGAAAAUCCACAAGAAGAACGAAUUUAAAAGGAAGGAUACAGUAUACUCUGAAUAUAAGCUGCAUCGAUACCUGAAAUACCUUAAAGAUGAGUUUUCUCACACAAAAAGUUUUGUUGAGAGAAAACUGGUGUUUACAGCAAAUGAAAGAAUAGCGGAAAUGGAUGCUUUAACGCAGAAGUAUGAAGCCCCUGCGUAUGAUCCAACUGAUAAGGACGGCGAUCAACAGAAAGGUAGCGAUCAGAGAGACGAUCAACUGCAAGAAAAGCACUUCUUUGGGAAAUCAUUCGACAUGCCACUGGGUCCCGACGGAUUGCCUAUGCCACACUGGCUAUAUAAACUGCAUGGGCUUGACAGGGAAUACCACUGUGAGAUUUGUGCGAAUAAAGUUUAUAAUGGACGCCGCACUUUUGAAAGACACUUUAAUGAAGGACCACAUCUUUAUCAUUUGCGAUGCCUGGGCAUCGAACCCUCUUUAGCAUUUAAGGGGAUAACUAAAAUUACAGAGGCACAGAAGCUUUGGGAGAAUAUGCAAAAGCAGCCACAAUCUGCAACCUCUAUUGCAUCUUCACUCACAAAGCUAAAACAUUCUCGAUCGAAACUUCCCACCGAAUUGGAACUAGAAGAAGAAGACGAAGAAGGGAACGUGAUGAGUAAGAAGGUCUUUGAUGAACUCAAGAAGCAAGGUCUGGUGUGA